AUGCAAGUCUACAAUGCUGGAGUGAAUGCCCACGGCUAUCUGUCCAAGCCGCAAGCACGCAACGUUCCCAACAAUGAAGAUCGCCAGUCGUUGUCUGCCGGCGGUCCCCAUUCUGUGCUCUCGGGUGGAAAAUACUGUCAUGGGUUGUGUGGUGAUAAAUGGGAUGCGGACCAGAAAUGGAAUGUUCCUGGUCCCAUCCAGGCUACCUACCAAGAAGGAGAGAGUAUCGAUCUGGAAGUAACGGUAACCGCUCAUCACCUCGGCUGGUUCGACUUCCAACUUUGUGAUAGCCCCGACAUCACCGAAGAGUGUUUCCAGCGCAACAAACUCAAGAGAGCCACUUGUGAUAAUGACUGCGACCUGUGGUGGAAGCCACUCUCUAAAUCCGAGACGAUGUCUCAGGUCGUUACCGCAAAUGGCGGGUACUCGUACGACACGGUUCCGUCGGGAACUGUCACCUUCAAAGCCAGGUUUAAGCUACCCAGCUCUGUGGACUGCACCCACUGCGUAUUAAGAUGGCAUUGGUUCACUGCCAAUAGUUGCCCCGCGAAAAAUCCGAGCAAGGACGAGUCGAAGAUCUCCGAGGAAUUCUGGAACUGCGCCGAUAUUCGCAUUAACGCACGAUCCGGCAGCACCCGCAACACUGAUCCGUCCAAAGGCUUGGCCAAUACCCUUCGAUCUCGCAAGGGCGAGAACCUCAUCCCAAAGGGAUACAACAAUUACUGCCCAAAAAGACCCCACGGCAAGCCUUCAGACUUCACAGUCAAUAAGCAGUGCUUUGCAUCCGGUCGCAGUUCCUGUUCCUACUAA